CAGAUAUAAACAGGGGAAUAUUAUAAUAUUAUUAUUAUUAUAUUAUUGUCAUAAUCUAAUUGGCAACGAGUCAAGAACGCUGGAAUUCCCCCUGUCACGUGCCCGCGGGAUGACGACAGCGGAAGUGCAGGACAACACUGAACACAAUCGCGAUGAGCGACGCGGACUCGGACAGCUCGCGGAUGGACAGCUUGGACGGAUGGGUCGCGAUUAAACGCGACGCCUUCGAGGACAGCGAGAGCCACAAGCUCAGGUUUAUUGUGGAAUGGAACGAGAUCGAGACCAAGUUCGCGGUGACGUGUCAUGACCGGACGCUCCAGCGACGCGGCGACGCGAGCGGCAGCUGCGCGGGUCUGUUCUCUGGCACGCAGCUGAGAUACGUGCACGCGCACCUGAGCGCGGUCCGGGACGAGCUCGAGCCGCUGUUCCCCGAGCUGACGCGCUUCCGGGAGGCGAGCGUGUGGGACCUGCUUUUCUCCAACGCGCCGCCGUGCGAUGCUGACGCGCAGUGCAGGCAGCUGGAGCGAUACUUCAGCAACGCCGUGGACGCGUGCGGCCGCAGGAUCGUGCUGGACGCGCUGUUCAGCGUCACUGAGGCAGACGAGCGCGAGUACUUCGAAAACCUGCAAGAGUUUAAAUGCAAAGCGAUGCGGGACGAGGUUACGCGCGCCAAAGACGCGUUGCGCGCGCUCGUUCAGACUCACUCCAGCGCUGACGGACUCCAGCGGCUGAUGAAGAUCUACGAGGAGGAAGAUGAGGCGUAUAGAGAGUUUGUGUGUGUGGCGACUCAGUUCUACCAGAACCUCCUGCAGCCCUUCCGAGACAUGAGGGAGAUCGCCGCGCUCUACAAGACCGAGAUCCUGAAAUGUCUGCAGUACGAGGAACUGGGGCCGAAGCGUGUGUGUGAACUGAAGACAGAGAUGAACGAAUGGAGUCAACGAGGAGAAUCAGCCGUUCACUCCAUACAGGACAACACGGCAGAAUACUUCAAACACACUUCCAGAGCGCUGACAGGUAUGGUGAAACAGAUGGAGCAGGACCAGAAGAGAUUUGGCCACGCCUCUUGGGCACUGGCCACGCCCAGACAAGAGAAACUAAGAAUCUUAUUGGCUAAAGAGACACUGCAGCACAUGAGGGCCAAAGAGAUGUGCAUCAAACGCAAGAGAGCCGAGAUCCGAGAGCAGAUGCGCAGCGGGGCCGAGUGUGUCCGUGAGCUGGAACUCCAGUAUUACGAGACACAGGUGGAACUUCACGACUGCAGGUUUGAGAUCCUGAGGAACGAGGAGAUGCUGAUACUGACGCAGAUCCAGACCAUACAGAGACAGAUCACAGAGCUGAAGGAGCAGGUGGUGUACUACGACACCUGUCAGGACCCCGAGGAGCUGCAGGAGCUCCAGGUGGAUGUAAGCCCCGCCCACUCACACCUGCAGCAGCAGCUGAAACACCUGGAGAGCAAAAGAGGAGCGAUCUCAUCACGCAGAGCUUACCUGAGGAACCAGCGGGAGUUGUGUGUUCAGGCUCAAGAGCAGCAGAAGCGUUCAGUCACACAGAGAUCCGCGCAGAACCACCAACAUCAUGCCGUACACCUGAAGCGAGAGAAGAGGAGAGCUGAGGAAGAAAAGCAGAAGCAAUGGCUGGAGAACGAGAGAGCAAAGACACUCAACAGAGUGCGCAGCUUCAGAGAGAGACAUCAGGGUCAGUAUGUUUUACAUACAGAGUCACAUGACUCCAGCAGAGAUGACUCCUCCCAGCCCCUGUCAAUCAUCAGCUUGGGACCGCAAAGCUCCACCCCCCGUAGGAAGGGGCGGAGUCAGAAGCAGCGUGAAAUUCCGGUUCAGAUUCUGCUGCCCUCUGGAUCUGGAUCUUCAUCAGCAAAAUCAAACCAGACGCCUCCUCCUCCUCCUCCUCCUCCUCCUCUUCUUUCUCCUCCUCCUCCUCCUCCUCCUCCUCCUCUUCCUCUUCUUUCUCCUCCUCUUCUUCCUCCGCCUGCUCCGCAAACCAGUGACAAGCUGCCGAUGCGAAACACUCUUGAACAAAACUCAGGGUCGAUGGACGAGCUCCUAGCAUCUCUUCAGCGCGGACAGAAACACCUGAGGAAGGUCGAGGUCAAGGUCGAGAGUGGUGAUGUCAGAGACAGCCUCCUGUCAGCCAUCCGUCAGGGCGUGGCCUUGAAGAAAGCCCCGCCCUCUCGUGCACCGCCCCUCAGCUCAGACUCAGAGUUGGAGCGCAGCAUCAAAGCUGCCAUGCUGAGGAUGAAGAAGGUCUCGAACGACUCUGACGAUGAAGAGCGCCCGGACUCGCCGUCUGGAGACUGGGAGAGUUAAACACCCUGAAGUUGUUUCCCGAACUGACGUGUGCCGUUUCAGCCAGGAUUACUAGUUGUGAUGCUAACUUCCUUUGCCAAUGUGAAACUACAUUCAGAUCUCUUUGGUAUUUUGCACUGAAAUGUCUUGUCAUUAUGAAAGAAUAGAGUUAAUUGCACUGAACAUUUGUGUCAAUAAGAUCCGUGGUUCUGAACGGGUCAAUUAAAGUGCCUGAUCAGGACUGGUGUGUGUGUGUGUGUGUGUGUGUGUGUGUGAGGGAAUCACCUUCACCCGUCACUCCAUAAUAAAGGAGUGAUGUACUUUCUGAUUUGGUCACAGAGUUUAACAUUUUUAGCAAAACUGGGAGUUAGCCAAGUUUGCUUCACAUUACUGCUUCAAUUUCAAAAAGGCAAGAAGUUAUAAAUCAGACUGUCGUAAACAAAAGACAUCAAACAUCAAAAUCUCAAAACAAAAGACAUCAAACCAUCAACGCACACCUAGCACCUACAGUAGCUAUAAGAGUGUUCACAUCGCCUGUAUCUUCAUGGUUUUGCCAUCGCUGUGUAAACAGAAGGACGGCGCUAUGAAGAGUGUGUGUGUGUGUGUGUGUCAGCUUUGCCUUCGUAAAGUCACCGUUUUAUCAGUUGGUCUAUCAGUGGCCUUACGGUCUGAAAAGCAGAAUGAUAUAUUAAUGUAAAGCCCAGGAAUCAGUCUUUCUGCCACUUUGGGUAAAACAGGGGAAUGGAAACUGGCAGCCAAAUUAUCAGGAAAAUAUAACGCAGCAGUUUCAAAACAGCAACAACAUUAAAAAAUACACUGCAAAUCAAAUUCUCUUAUUUCAACUUAAAAAAUUAAGUUCUGUUGCUACUUUAAAUGAAAUCUUAUCAAA